AUGGCCAGCAUUCGUGUACUCUCAACGAGCAUGGUUCAAGCUGAGAAUCACGAUGAGCAACAAGCUCAAAACAUGGAUUUAACUCCAUGGGAUCUUCAGUUCCUUCUUGCGGAGUACAUCCAAAGAGGACUUCUCUACCAGAUCCCGGAAGUGCCCGACGUUUAUGAUCAAGACGAGGAGAUAGGGAAUAUUGUAGUUUUCUACAUGAAAAUGUUCCUUUCAUCGACUCUAAACUACUUCGCUCCUCUUGCUGGACGACUUUCCACUACGGAACAUGAUGGUAAUACUGUUUCCUUUUCUAUUGAUUGUAAUAACGCUGGGGCUUUAUUUGUCCAUGCUGUAGCUGAUGGGGUAACCACUUCCAAUAUCAUUCAACCUGCUUAUAUUCCUGCCGUCCUCGACUCUUUUUUCCCUUUGAAUGGGAUUAAGAACUACCAGGGCACUUCCAAUCCUUUACUUGCAGUACAAGUUACUGAACUCGUAGAUGGUUUCUUCAUUAGUGUCUCUGUCAAUCAUUCCAUUGUCGAUGGUGCCUCAUUCUUCCAUUUUUUCAAAUCUUGGUUAGCAAUCGCUUGUGAUCCAACUCAGUUAUCCAAACCUCCCGUUUUCCAACGUGAUUUUUUUAAGGAUGUUGAUUUCCCCAUUCGCCUUCCUCGUUCCUACUUCCAUCAAACUCAUGAUAAGUUCAUUCCACCACCUUUGAGAGUUAGGGUCUUUCAUUUCUCGAGGGAAAAUGUUGCAAAACUCAAAGCAAAAGCUAACUCGGAGGUUGGCACCAAAGCCAUCUCAUCUCUUCAAGCACUCUUGUCUCACCUUUGGCGAGCUGUUAUUCGAAACAGGAAAGCUGACCCCGAUGAAGAGACUAAUUACUGCUUAAUGGUUAGCGGUAGACCGAAACUGCAGCAGCUGCCAGAACGAUAUUUUGGAAACGUGUUACAGGUUGGGGCCAUAACUAUGAAAGUGAAGGAGCUGCUAGACCUUGGACUUGGUAACGCAGCAUGGCAAAUGAACAAGGUAGUUGCUGCUCAUAACGAGGAAAUGUUUAAGAACUUCUUGAAAACAUGGAUGGAAACCCCAAAGCUAAGGACGAUGGGCAACAUGGUAAGUAACUCUUUGGUAACCAGUGAUUCACCUCGGUUCAAUUUUUAUGGUGGUGAAACAGGGUUGGGAACCCCGAUUGCGAUAAGGAGCGGGCCAGCGAACAAGUUCGAUGGGAGAGUAACGGUGCACUCUGGGGUGGAAGAAGGGAGUAUUGACAUCGAAAUAUGCCUUGCACCUCCGACAUUUGAGGCCAUGGAGAAUGAUAACGAGUUCAUGGAUGCUGUCACCGUCUGACCUCAAUCCAAAACCUGUCUUAAUUGUCUCGCGUCACGUCUCUCUCCUUUCUGA